AUGGAUUCUGCAGUUUUCCGACGUGUUAUCAGGAAGCUGGAUCGAUUCUCGGAGGCUUUGGACGAAGCACUUCUCAACUUCUCUGAGAUGGACGACUCCACAGCCCCCAAGGAGUUCAAGCAGCGCAUGUUUGGUUGGCUGUCCGAUGACAAGCGUGACAUUGAUGCUCUUUUGGUGCGCCCGGAAACCAAUGAUAACACAAGCAAGCAUGAUUUGCUAGCUCGUCUCGCAUACUGCUACUCGUUCGGCCCUGAGAAAAAGUUCCAGGACCUCCUUCUAGCUAACCAUCAGAAGAUCGGAGUCUUUAUCUCCGACAAGCACGUCCGUGUUCACAUCGCCAAAUGGGAGACCACUCUUCUCCGUGGCUUUCUUCGCUGGGUUAUUGUUGAAGCUCACAAACCCUCGGGUGACGCCCAGUCGGUCCUGCAGCUCGAGACCUCAGUCAGUAAAAAAUGGCUUUCCGCUGAUGAUGCAGAGGAGUAUGUGGUGCCCGAAUCCGAGGGUGAUAUGAAACUGGUCCUCAUCCGUCUGAAAAACCUGCCCAAAUUGAUGGACCUUUGGGGUAAACGUGUUGUUGCUGAUGAAGGUGAAGAGAAGUUGGUGAAAUCAUGUCAGUGCAGCAAGCCAGACUUUGGCGAGUCUUUGACCAUUGGGCUUUUUGUUCUGGCGUGGAAGGUUGCUGGUCGGUAUGAGGACAAGUGGAUGGACGCCCAGGGCUAUGCUAUCCCUGAUGUUCCUGAGUUGGAUUAG